AUGAGGUUGAUGCUUGGUGUCGAUGUUAUGAUGAUGCACAAUGAUAAUGGGAAUGCACCAAUGAUGAUGGGAAUGAAUGAUAAUCACCAACAAAAAAAGGCACCAAAAGAAGAGAAAAGAAAAAUAUUACCCGAAAUUUUGCAGCAGACAAUCCGUACUGACGACGACUUGUACCAACAGCGAGAGAACCGCACUAAAGACCAUACCUUUAAUGAGAGAGCUGCGGCGGCACUAGUAUUAACUGGGUUUCAACACGUUUCGCGAAUAGGCGAAAUGAGAGGUCAUUCUGCACUCUUAAGUGCCUUGGUGGAACGAUGGCAGCCAGAAACCCACACGUUCCACCUUCCAGUGGGCGAGGUGACGGUGACGCUGGAGGACGUGAUACAUAUACUUGGCCUCCAGGUUAAUGGAGAACCCGUCACGGGUAGAUUGGAUAGCAGUUACCAGUUUUUAGUGGAUAACUGCAUCGCUUGUUUUGGUCGGCAGCCGGGUCCGGACGAUCACGUGUUGGGCAAGUUGGGGGCAGCUAGUCUGGCACAUCUGUACAGAUCGUUGUGUCGUGCAUCACGGUAUAACUGUAAAGAAAUGGAUGGGCCACUCAUUCUACUUUUUGUUUGGGUGUGGGAGCGUAUGCCGUUCAUGGCCCCUAUACCGCGAAAUGAGCUCCUCGAUGUUGGUGUUCCACUUGCGCGACAGUGGAGUCAUUGGCGCCGGCAUACAAGAUAUACACGGAGGUCUACAGCGCAGUUUAGGCGAGGACUCGAUGACAUGGGAGUCAAUGAUUUUACAUGGCGGCCGUAUGUCGGAGUUGAUGUUCGACAAGAUCUCGGCCCAAAUUUGUUUAUGUGCUCCACAAAGUCGCCGUUAGUGUCGUUCGAAUGUAUAGAGUGGCACCCAACAGAUCGAGUUCGACGACAGUUUGGGUUGCAGCAGCUUCCACCAGACCCGAAAUUUCAGAUCGGCAGUGCUCAUUGCAAGCUGAUGGUUUCAGUGGCUAAGAGAAGGGGGGUUGAAUCUUAG